ACGCCAAGUCUAGCAGUACCGUCUUCAGCGCAGUCUGCUUCAGCACCUUGCCUGCCUGGCUGCCUGCAAUGCCCUUGGAUACUUCCGUCCCUCUCAUCGCUACACAAUUUACCUUAUUCUGAACGAGAGAAUAAUAGCUGGAAAAGUCUUCAGGACAGGGCGAAGGAUACUGGAUUUAUAUUACCGUGUGACUGCGUUCAGUGUCUUUAUUUAUGUGAGCCUGUAUGGGGCGAAUGGAGAGGAGGGUGCAUCGAUAAUUGAGAGAGCAGAGCAGGACUUGCUGCCUGCUGCAGAAAACCAGACGGCUCGGUGGAUUUGGAUUUGUUGUUGGGACCAGCAGUCGGGUGCGGGUUUGCGCGUCAUAUCAAAGGAUUUCUCCAGACGGAGCGCUUCUACUUUUUGAAACCUGAGUUCUAAAAAACCAUCUUGCAUGGAUACAACAUCAUGGCUACGUUUGUAUGCAGGGUACAGUUCUUAGAUGAUACUGAUCCAUUCAACAGCACCAAUUUUCCUGAGCCGACCAGACCGCCUCAGUACACUUUCAGGGAAGAUAUCCCCCUUAUCAAUCAGAUUGCUGGAGUCCACCGGCUUCUCAAAGCCCCACACAAGCUUGAUGACUGUGCCCUCCAGCUCUCCCAAAAUGGGAGCUACCUGGACUUGGAGUCUACCCUGGCAGAACAGAGAGAUGAACUCGAGGGCUUUCAGGAGGGAGGAAGAGGCAAGAAGCACAGCAUCAUCCUCCGGACACAGUUAUCUGUCAGAGUUCACGCUUGUAUCGGUGAGUGAAACACUUUUCAUUUUGAAGCACUGUGGGUAUUUAAGUUGCGACUGUAAAAUGCGGAGGUAUCUGGAGUCAGACAAUGUUGCUAAUGUCAACCUCUGCUGCAUCACCUGCACAUCUCAUUAGAAUAUAUAGUCUCUGUUUGACUUCUUAGUGCGAUAGUUUUCAAUCAUCCAAUAUCACUCCCAGCUGCUAGGUACAGUAAAUAAUACAUGACAUAAUAAUCAUAAUAAUAAAAAUAAUAAUGCAUAAUAAC